AUGAACGUGUUCCAGGAUUUGGGGACUGAAGUGCUAUCUGGAGCUGCCAAAGGCUACAACAUAUGCCUUUUUGCCUAUGGACAGACAGGCUCUGGGAAGACAUACACCAUGCUGGGGACCCCAGCCUCCGUAGGGCUGACGCCGCGGAUAUGUGAGGGUCUCUUCAUCAGGGAGGAAGACCAUCCCUCACUGCCUUCUUCUUGUAGGAUAAAAGUAAGUUUCCUGGAAAUCUACAAUGAAAGGGUACGGGAUCUGUUGAAGCAGUCUGAUCAGAAAAAGUCCUAUACCCUGCGGGUCAGGGAGCACCCAGAGAUGGGGCCCUAUGUACAAGGUUUAUCUCAACAUGUAGUUACCAACUAUAAGCAAGUAAUUCAACUCUUGGAGGAGGGGAUAGCUAACAGAAUCACAGCAGCCACCCAUGUUCAUGAGGCCAGCAGCAGAUCUCAUGCCAUCUUCACUGUCCACUACACGCAGGCAAUCCUGGAGAACAACCUCCCCUCUGAAAUUGCUAGCAAGAUCAACCUUGUGGACCUAGCAGGCAGUGAAAGAGCAGAUCCCAGUUACUGUAAAGACCGGAUUACUGAAGGAGCCAACAUCAACAAGUCCCUUGUGACUUUGGGAAUUGUCAUCUCCACCUUAGCCCACAACUCCCAAGUAUUCAGCAGCUGCCAGAGCCUCAACAGUGCAGCCAGUGAUUGUGGUGACGGUGGAACCCCUAGCUUUUCUUCUGGGACCAGCAGUGGAGGGAGACCCUCCCGGAGGCAGUAUUAUAUCCCAUACCGGGACUCUGUGUUGACCUGGCUGCUGAAGGACAGCCUUGGAGGCAACUCCAAAACCAUCAUGGUUGCCACUGUGUCUCCUGCACACACCAGCUACAGUGAGACCAUGAGCACACUGAGAUACGCAUCCAAUGCCAAAAACAUCAUCAACAAGCCACGGGUGAAUGAGGAUGCAAACGUAAAGCUGAUCAGAGAACUCAGAGAGGAGAUCAAAAGAUUGAAAGCCAUGCUGCUGAGCUUUGAACUGAGGAACUUCAGUUCAUGGAAUGAUGAAAAGGAUGAAAAUCUGAAGGAGCUGGUUCUCCAAAAUGAGCUGAAGAUUGACCAGCUGACUAAAGACUGGAUGCAGAAGUGGAGUGACUGGAAGGCCCUCAUGGAGCAUUACAGUGUGGACAUCAACAGAAGGAGGGCAGGGCUGGUCAUUGACUCCAGCCUGCCACACCUGAUGGUCUUGGAGGACGAUGUGCUCAGCACAGGUGUUGUGCUUUAUCACCUCAAGGAGGGGACAACAAAAAUAGGAAGGGUUGACUCAGACCAGGAACAGGACAUCGUCCUGCAGGGCCAGUGGAUUGAGAGAGACCACUGCACCAUCACCAGCGCCUGUGGGGUAGUCGUUCUGCGGCCCACCCGGGGGGCCCGCUGCACAGUGAAUGGCCGAGAGGUCACUGCCUCCUGCCGUCUGACCCAAGGAGCUGUUAUAAUCCUGGGGAAAGCACAGAAGUUCCGUUUCAACCACCCGGCGGAGGCUGCUGUCCUGCGGCAGAGGAGGCAGGUUGGAGAGGCUAUUGGUGGCCCUGGCUCUUUGGAGUGGUUGGACUUGGACGGAGAUGUCACUGCCUCUCGGACGGGUCUCUACCCUUUGCUUUGGAAGGAAAGAGGAGUGCUGGGGGAACAGUGUGAGGAGGGCCGCCUGCAGCCGGGGGACGGAGCGACGUCCCAUGGGGUCCGGAUUCAGCGGCAGCAGUGCUCUGUGGAAGAUUUGAGGCAGCAGAUCCUAGCAGGACACCUCAGAGCUCAGCAGGAGCUGGAGUUGGACCAGGCUCGCCUCGACCAGCAGAGUAGAGACGACCAGCAGUGGCUGCUUCGAGAAGAGACCUGGCUGGCCGGCUUGCAGCAGCAGCAGCAGCAAGACUGUGUAGCAGAGGAGGUGCUUGAGGCCUCCGUGGCCUCCGAGGCUCAGCUUCAGACAGAUUCUGAGGCUCAGCCGUCCCCACUGGUCCGAAGCCAGAAGCAAGUGGUGCAGCUGCAGCUCCUGCUGAGACACGCUCUUCGGACAGCAGAGCAGGACGUCAGGCAAAAAAAGGCCACGUUCCAGCUAGAGAGACUCAACAAGAAGCAGAGGCUCCUGGAGGCCCAGAAGAGGCUGCAGCAGCUCAAGGUGUUGUGCUGGCUCCAGGAUGACAGCACCCGGGAGCCCCCAGACCAGGUCCCCAGCCCGGAUGCUGUGGUCCCAGGGCCUCAACGCAGAAGCAGAUCAGCAAGUUGCAGUUCUUUGAGCCUCCAGAGGCUUUGCAGACAGUGCUUGCCCCAGCCGCACAGCGUUCUUCUGAAUCAGCAUCCCUCCACCAUGUUACCCCCUGUGCCUGACGGCCCUCACCAAAUACCAGAGGAAAUGCUGUCAGAAGAGCAUUUGCCCCCAGCUGCUGCUUAUCCUCCAAGGACAAGGGGUUCCAACAAAAAUGACCUCUGUUCCUCCGGCCUGGGGCAGCUCCGCACAGCCAGGGGAGCCUUGGCUGUGAAGGGAACCUCAGCUCCAGGCCCCUGCCUCACUGUGAGCCCCGAGUCUGCCAGUGUUCAGGAAAUGGAGAGAGAGAGGAAGCAGCCCCAUCGGGAGGUGUCCCAGGGCUCGGCCUCUCUGAGCCAACCAGCUAACGAGCUGAAGCCAAGGGAUGAGCCAGAGGUCCUCACCCCUACCUCCCAGAGCAGAAGGGCUGAGGGACUAGUGGAGUCUGGCUACACGCAAGCCGCGUGGCAAAGAGAAGGGAACCUUGCAACCCACAAGGCUGCCAGAGGCGCUGGCUGCAGUUCCUCACACACCUGUGCACCCAAGCAGACAUCUGGAUGUGGAAAGGCAUCCAGUACGUUCCAGGCAGGAUCCAAACCUACAUCUCCAAGCAGGGCCUCAGAAAGGCAGCUGAGGGUCCUGGCAGGUGGAGUCAGAGAUACUGCCAAGGAGCCCUCUCAUAUGCCUCAGGACGGCCCUUUAAAGAGGCAGCGCAGUGCAGGGGACCCAGACACCACGGCUCCACUCACAAACUCCAGCCCCGAGGUGGGUCACGCGGGAGAAAAAGACGAGGAUUUCUCUGACACAAACAGUGAUUACUCAGUGGAUUCUCUGUCCUGUGUCUGUUGCAAAGCCCGGACAGAGCCACUGAAGCCAGAGGACCUCCAGGGGAAGCAGCUGGAUCUCCCAAAGCCAGAGAACUCUGAAAGUGAUGAGAGCCAGAUAUCUGAGGACUCGCUGGCUGAGAGGCGGUGCCAAACCCAGAAAGACAGUCCUGAGGGCCGUCAUCCCACCAGCAGCCCUGGCUCCCACAGGGCCAGAACACGAGCCUCUGGGAGGGGCCGUGCUGUCCCCUCAGACAGUGGACUGCUGGCUCAGGUUCACAGGACCUUUUCCUUGGAUAGUCUGAUUGAUGCUGAGGAGGAAUUGGGGCAAGCUCAGAAAGAAGAGCCUGUACUGGGCUCACCUGAGGAGGUGCCCACAGAGACUUUUUGGCACCUGCCGAGCUCCAGUGUGUGUGCAGAGGGCCAGGAGGCAACGAGCACUCCAUUUGACCUUGCUCCUCCGUCCCAGCCCCGUUGUGAGCAGCCUGAGUCAGCCAUGGAGGUGCGCUGCUCUGAAAAGGCCAGCUGUCUUCCAGGCACGCUGCUAUCCGGAGGGAGCCCACUGAUGUCCAUGGAUUCCUGGUUUUCCUGUGACUCAAAGAUCAAUCCCAGCAACCCCCCAGGAACAGUGGGGUCUUUAUGUCCAAGUCCUGAUGUCCAGGAGUUUCAGCCCUGUGGUUGGGAGAAGCCUGGGUACUGGCUAAAUAUGGAAGAGCUAAAGCCUUCAGGUACAGCAGUCCUGCCAUACAACAUCACACCGCUCCAAGGCAGUGCUGAGCUACCCUACAGCGCAGCAGAUGCAUACACAGUCCCUGGUUCUGAUACAUGCAAGCUGUCACUCUUGGGGACUCACAGGCCUCUUCAGCCAGGAGCUGAUGGCACCUUUCAGGGAAGGGGUGUUUCUGACACGGCCCAGCGGGGCACCUCUGUAGCGUCAAACAGCUCUAGCGUGUCCAAUGUGUUGGCCGCCUCUGCUGCCUCCCUCACUCAUCUAGGCAGUGCCUGUGUAUGGGACUGGUCUGCCCUUCAGCAGAAGUACCUCCUUGAACUGUCUCAUCCUGUUUGGGAAGCCAUAGGAGAGCCCAGGCCAGCUUUCCCCUGCCUUGAAGAAGACUCUGGUUCCCUGGCCCAAGCUUCUGGCAAAGGAGGAGAUUCUCUUUUGCCAGUUGGUCUUGGGGUAUCUAGCAAUCUGGAUUUCAACAGCUUUUCCGUCCAUCUAGCCAAAAGUAGCCAUUUGAGAGCAGGGAAAGAACAGGACAGUUUGAGUGCCCAGUUAAAAGGUUCUUCAAAUUUCUUUAGAACUAGUGAGAAAGAGGUGAGUUAUAAUGAAACUUCUUCAGCAGACUUAGAAUCAUUGGCUUCUGGAACUACAAACGUACAGGUUUUUGCAGCAGAGAGCAAGAUAGCAAAUUUGAUGACAGAAACAUGUGAAGUCAAACAGAACAGCUUGGAAGAGCAUUCUCAGGGUAGCAGGAAACCUGCACUAAUGACUUCCUCUGAUGAGGGUUUCUUCCUGAAGAACCCUUGUCAUAGUAAUGGCCCCAUGGCCACCAAAGAAGACCACUGGCCCCAAGGCUGGGUGCCUCUCAGGGACAAUAUUGCAGGCCAGCGAGCUCAGCCAAGGCACAGCAGCCACCACCCAAUCCAGGCAGAGAAGGCAGGUUGCCAGCAGAGCUCCAGAGACACAGGUUUUUCCUUUGCCUUUCCCUCAGAUUCAGAGCUGUACCUGCCCUCUGUUCCCUGGGAUCCAUUUCCAUCUUCCCUGCAGCCACCCCCCUUAGAGACUUUCUACGUGACCAAAAGCAGGGAUGCCCUGACAGAAACUGCCUUAGAGAUUCCAGCUUGCAGAAAAGCGAGGGUGCAGCCUCCAUCCCUCAGGGAAGCCUGGGGCUCCAGUCUUGACCACCAAGUCAUCCGCGAUGCUUAUUUGGAGAAUAAUUUGCCAGUGCUCUUACAAAACCAAAGUUCCAAGUUUGCCUUGUCUCAGCAGGUCACAGCAGAGAGGCCGGUUGAUCUGAACGCCAGGAGAGUUACAGGAGAAGUAGGGAAGUGUCCUGGAAAUAGUAGAGAAAGCCACAACCCCAUUUAUUCUGUUGCCCAGAACAGACAUCUUUUCUCUUCUACCAGCACAAAAGUAUGUGAAUUUGAAAAUCAAGUUGAUAUUUUAAAUAAAAAACACGAUCUAGCACUCAAGGAGAGAGGAAAGGCCACAACUCUGUCCUGCUACAAUGUUUCCUCAAGCAGUUCUGUUUCUGGGAAGCCUCUCUUUGUUUGUGAAUUUGGGGAGGAAGCACAGGGUCAGAAUGCCGGCCUAAGGCAGAGCCAGGCCUUAGAUAUGAACAGACAGUGUCCUUCUGGGGCCAGGUCUGAUUUCAUCUGUAAAACCAUCAAUUCACGUCUUGAGAAGAACAUGCUAGGAGAAACGGCUAUUGCUGUGAAGUCCAGUGCAGUAGAUCCCAAUGCCGGCAGCCCAGUGGUGGUGGCCCAGGAUGAGACCCCUGCCCACAAGUGGGAACAGAAGGAUGAAACUGGUCUUGGAAAAGCUCUCCAUUCUACAGACAGCUUAGACGAGCUCAAGCAUCCAGAGCCAGACUCUACAUAUGAAAGAUUCCAGACUAUUCCAUCCUCUCAGGAAAGAAACCUCAGUGAGUGCAAACGACCUGGAAAGUCACAAGGAAGGACAAAGGAAGAACCUUCUGGAAAAAAACAGAACAAAAGGGUUAAUAAUGAUGAUGAGAUGGUGAGGCUAAUUAGGAGUGUAAUGCAGCUAGAACAUAGCAUCUUGGAAAUCGAAUCCAAGCAGAAUAAGCAGCUACAUGCUUCCCACACACCGGGAGUCAGAAAGGAGACUGUGUUCCAGGACCGGGAGAAGGCUGACUGUGUCCUGAGGCCAGGCAGCCCUGGAGACUGCUUGUCCUUCAAGGAUCAGCCACGUUCUCCGAAACACCACGAUGGUGUUGUCUUGAGGGAUACCGAAGUCAGAGAAAUGACGGAGCUUAGCGGUUGUGUUGGGAAAGACCCCCAGGUGCAGAGCCCCUUCCAGACAAGGGAAUGUAUAGAAGAGAUUCGAUUUGUGAGAGAGCCCACCUCCCCAGCUGCGUUAGAGAGAUCUGCCGGGGACACUUGGGAUUAUUUAGGGACAUGUACAGCCCCCAGGGCACCCACCAACACUUCUCUUCACCCGAGGAGAAUGACAGCAUUGGCCAGGGCUCUGCCAUCGCAGCCCAGGCGAGAGAGUUCUUCAGAAGAUGAGGGUGGGUUGUUACAUGAAUCAGCUAGCCCCAAACGACAGCCUCAUGACUUGGGAAGUCUUAUGGAAUUGGAGACUCUGAAGGUUUUCCAGAAAAGCCAGGUUGCUGAAGACAUACACAGUUCUAGUCAAGAGGAGCUAACAGUUCAAGGCAGAAUUGAAGAAAUGACUAUGCAAACGGGACAGAGCCUACAGGAGGAAAACAAACCCGUCUCAUCGCAUCAGAAACUUCCUAGUCUGAGCCAGCUUUAUAUGAGCAGAUUUUUCAGCCAGGAGACCAUCUGCCCAUCGCUGAGCCAGGUAGACUGUUCUACAGCUUCUUCUCACCAAGACCUGACUCACACCUUGCCCUUGAAUUCUCCAAGGUUGCCAAGGAGCUAUCUUUAUGCACCUGACACUGGAGGCAUCUUUUCAGUUGACUACAUGCUGGAUCCCACAGUGUUUAAAAUCCGUGACAGCCCCUUGGUAGCUAGAGUCGGGCAUCAGGACCAGAAUGGAGAUACCAGAAGCCACAGCCCUCAGGGAUAUAUCAGAGGGAUUGCCUCCGUGGCACACUCUGCUGGGUGUGGGUCUGCGAUCUCCAUGGCCAUAGGAUCUCAUGGUCAGUCUGGUGCACCAGAGAGCUUUUCCCUUGAGGAAGAGGGCAGGAUAUCAGCAAGCACUGCCCCCCAAGACCAAGGAGGGGGCCUCAGAAGCACCUUCAUGAACUUGAGUACCAGGGAGAGUUUUGCUCCUGAAACAGAGGCAGCUAUACAAAAAGAAAGAAAGAGAGCCAGUCACCUGAACAGGGUCUCUAGCCAGCUUGAAAAGAGGCCCAGCAGCCCCUUAGAAGAGGAUGGCUUCCAAAACAGAGAGGCGAGGCACAAGGCAGAGAAUGAUGCCAAGGACUUCAGUCUUACCAGCGAUGCCUUCUCAUCACCUGCCUCCCUGUCGGAAGUUCCCAGUCCAGAGCCCAGGAGCCUGUGGGAGCCCUCUGCCCACACAUCCUUGUGCUUGGCUCUGUUGGAGGAGGUCAGACAGGCAAAGGCCCAGGGAAAACAGCUCAGUGACUUUGUGGCUAGGAGGACAGUCCUUCCUCACUGUGAAACUUUACCAGAACCUGAAUGUUCUUCCCGGGUCCCUGGGAGGCCUCAGGAUAAACAAACAGACCAGUCAGCAUCAGACAGAACCAGGAAUGAAAGUCAAGCACAAGGAGUUCAUGCGGCAUUUCUGUCUGCUGAACCAGGACAUCUGUUGACUGUCGAGGGGAAAGUCUUCCAGGCCACAUCCCUCUCCAUGGAGAGCUUCCAACUUCUGCCCAACUCCAAAACUCAUAGAGGGACCUGGCUGCCCUCACAGGCCUCCUCCCUCGCGGGCCCUGCUCUGGGCAAAAGCAGUUGCACUGGAGAGCUGGGACAUGUGCUAGGAGUAGGUGAACAGACUAUAUGUCACUCUAGUUCUGAGAUCACAGAGAAAGAAGUAAUACCUUCCUCUCCUGGUCCUUUGGGCUCAGUCUGUCUUUUUUCUUCAGCAGCUGUGGAGGAGGGCCGGAGGGUAGAACCAGAGAAAGUGGUGCCUGCCUUGUCUUCUCAGGUCCCCUCUGAUGGCCCUGGAGUGAGUCCACGUGCACCAACCCUGCUAGCCACAUGUGAGACCACAGAGGGUGCACUCCCCGACCGCCAGGAGAGCCUCCCAGAGCACCGGGAACCUAGCAGUCUUGACACCACAUGUGGGAGAGACUCAGGGAACUUCUUAGUGACUGCACAGGCAGGAAGAACAAUCUGUUUUGAAUGUGAGUCUGUGCUCUGUGACGUCCAAAGUUCUGCACGUCUCUCAAGGCCUAAUCAAGACCAUGUGCAAGGCCUUGAGGCUUCUACAGGCUUAGAAGAAGGAAGGGCAAGUCCCCAGCAAGGUGCUCUCAGGCCCGGAGCCCUGAGAAGGGUUGAACUGGACAAUCCUUCACAGCAGUGUGUAAACUGGAAGGGGAGUGUUGGGUCUAGGCUGGCAGAAGCCUGUAGGCCUGGCGGCAAACCUCCUGAGCCAAGAUCAUUGCCAGAUCAAACACCUAGCCCAGAUCCCAGGGGCGUUGGGGAGGAGGCCCCGUUCAGAUGCCCAGAGGAAGCUUUAGAUUAUGAGGUCUCAGGGAGCACUGAAGACAGCAGGACUGUCAGCCCACCUGGGGGAAGGAACGAGAGCCGAGCUCUUCCUUCCCAGCGGCUGUGCAGCUCUCAGCGUGUUGCUCCUCAGGCCUGUUCUCCCCACUCCUGCACGUCACUGUGUUGUGCAGGUGGUGACCUGGAGAAGGGGACUUCCCAGGCUGCCCCAAACACUGUCCACCCGCCCUGCAUAGCACCUUCCAGGGCCUGUGGCGUGGAUGAGAGAGGAGCAGGCCGUUCCAGGGAAACUGAUGUGCUCCUGGUGCACAGCCUCAAGCCCAGAGGCAUGAAUAUGGGGUUAGGGCCUGCAGACUGCAGCACUCUGGAGCCCCCAGCCACAGCUGCUGUCUUUUCUCUGGCUCAAGGCUGUAGUUCUUCUUUGGCCCCUGAUAUAAGGACAAGUUCCUUUGGCCACUCAAGUGCUGAUGGAAGCCCAAGGUCAGCGGGGAGCCCUGAGAGAAGAAAGCAAGUCAGCAUGGAGUUUGAGGCUAUCCCACCUGUGGACAUGUGCUGUGAGCCACCGAGGAAGCUUCAGGACUGCUGUGCAGGUGGCCAGAACACACAGCUGUCUCGAACCCAGCCAAAGCCACCUGCAACAAGUGGAGGACUGAAUGCCCAGAAUUUAAGUGAAGGAUCUGUUGAGAAUGAGCUGGUGGUGGAACCACAGCAUGGAUGUUUAGAAAAUACCUUCAGAUGCCUUCCAGAAAAGCCACAACUUUCCGCUGAGUCCAGGGAUCACAGUGGCUUGGAUUCCCAAGUGAAAACACAUCCAGAGUUUGUAGCCAGGUUAAAACAUAUCCAGAGUACUCCAGUUGACAGUCCCUGGGAGGAGGAAGAGCAGCAGGGAGACCAGGCUUCAGGUGAUGGUGGAAACCCAGUUCAGGGUGGGAGUCCCCCACCUUCAGACGAAGAUGGCCUGGACAGUCAGAUUAGAGACGCCAGGACAAAGGAAGAGGCUGUGUCCAAGCCAGAGAGGUUCUCAUCAGACUUGGAAGACUCAGCCGCUGUGCACAUGGGGAGAAGUGGGCCACAGGAACACAUCGAGAGGCCGGGCCACCCCCGCUCUAGCAGGGAGCAGUCUCCUUCCCAUCAUCGGGGCUCACUGCCUGUGAUUGCAAUCUUCUCUGGCCCCAAACACUCCCCCAGGGCGCCCCCCAGGCCACAGUUCUCUGUGGUUAGCUCUUCCCGGUCUCUUCAGGAGCUGAACUUCAGCAUGGAGCCUUCUUCCCCCACAGACGAGGACACACAGGGACCUAACAGAUUAUGGAGCCCACAUCCCAAGGGCUGCUGCUCAGAAGAGUUGGCGGUAGGAAUUUCUGUAGAAGCUGAGGACUGCUGUCAGAAGGACUUGUCUGAUUUGGACAGUAGGACUGCUGAGCACGGGCCCUUGAAACGAGCCACCCUGCCUUAUCCAGCGUCUUCAGCUGUCUCAUGCAUGCCGACCCCAGAUUCCCUGACCAGGGGGUUGCCUGAUUCUCUGCAGCAGGCCUGCCAGGGAAGGCCAGAGAAACUGGGUGGCCAGGCCAGGCCAACAGAGUGGCUUUCUGGGGUGGACAAAAGAAUGCUGUACUUUGACUCUAGUGACGUCAAUCCGUACGUCCUGCCCCAGCGUCCAGAGGGGCCCGGGCACUUUGGCUGGAAGCAGUAUGUGUUUGGCAGUGCAGUCGAUGUCUCCUGCAGCCAGACACCCCAGGGCCUGGCACCAUCAGAUGUGGCCCAGGGCUCCAGCACGGUCAGUGGCCUGGAAGGCCAGAACUCCCCCUUCCACUCCCACCUCAGCACCUAUGCCAGUGCCCAGGACCUGUCAAGCACACGCAGCAGCAUUGAGAAUGCUCGGGCUUCAAAGGAAGCUUCGGAAGUCUGGGGUUACUCAUUUGCCUUGAGACAUCCCCCCACCACGACAGCCCCUGAAGAAGCAGACAGGAGGUCCCAGCUCAAGGGCCCGCCUGAUGAAGCAGGCCUGAGGAGCAAGUCCCCCCUGACUGAAGGAAGUGCCACAGGUCCAGUGGAUGAAAUCAUGCUGCUGUAUCCAUCCACUGCAGACCAGACUGUGCGGCAUGACAGGAUGGGCACCCUUGAGCAGGGCACACAGACCCUAGGCUGCAGGCUCCAUUGGAGCUGCACUGAUGUCUCUUCUGCCACCCCUGAAGCCAGUGCAACGUCAGUCUCUCACCUGGCCUCGUGGACCAGCAUGCACAGCCUGUCUCUCCACCUCUCACAGCUCCUGCACAGUACCUCGGAGCUGCUGGGGAGUCUCUCCCAGCCAAGUGUGGCCAAAAAGGAGCAGAACAUCAAGAAGGAGCCCCCAGGGGAGGCCCCACAGGCCCUUAGGAUGGAUGGUUGUAGUCAGACCACCAUGGAUAAGGGCAGCCAGACUGACCUGGCCUUACCACCUCUGCUCCUCCAGGCACCAGAGGCCAACCCUCAGGAAGCCAGUGUGACCUUGGAAGCGCCAGGCUCAGAUACCUGGACAAUGUCUCAAGAAAAGGGAGCUGUCCUAAGGGCACUUGAGAAGAGAGAGGCAGAAAAAACAGCAUGGAAAACAGCAGGGUCCUCAGAUCUUCAGGAAGAAUGCAUCCACUGCAAGCCCCAGAGGGCUCUGGUACCUUCAUCCCAUUGGAGCUUUCAGGAAGACCCCCUUGGGCAGAAGCUACCUUCUGUGGGCGCCCAAGAUUCUCCCCAUGCGUCCCUGCCUCCUAGCUCCCAACCAGAGACGUCCGCUUGUCUGGUCGUCAGCAGUCCUCGCCUCAGCGUCUCUCACUUCCCAGGGCUCCUCCCCAACACUGUAGAGGCCACUGGGGAGCCUAGGGACCAGAAGAAGAAGCCAGGCUUCACACGUGCCUUGUUGGUGGAUAGGGCCUCCUCCCCAAUCCUCACACUUAGUGCCAGCACCCAGGACUCCUGUCUUCUCCCAGGCGCCUUGUCUCUCUCAGCCCCCUCACCUCAGCCUCUUGAAGGCCACCAAAAGCUUGACUCUAGCCCAGCCCUUCCUCCUGUUGCCACAACACCUCCAGUCCAUGGUUACCCCCAGCCCAGCGAUGAGUCAGGUGACUCCCAGGGAGUCGAGGCUCAGUGCGGAGGCAGAGGUCCCUUGCAAAGGAGUGAUGGGAGGCCCUUCCUUGAGUUAAGCUCGUUAGGCAGCCCGCAGCACUGCCCAGAACUCCGAGAUGGUGUCCUAGGACAGCCCCCUCAGCAGCGCCAGCCCAGGACCAGCCAGGCAGUGCCCGCCUGGGUACAAAGGAGCACACGGCCGCCCCCACUACUGAGGAGCAGAAGUUGGAGGCUGGCCAAGGGCUUUGUGCGUGAGGAGAUGGCGUCCCCAGAUUGUGGCCCACUGAGCAGCGGGGGGUCAGCUCGGUGGCAGAGCAGGACAGAAAGUGGCGGGGAGAGUCCAGCACUUCUAGUGGGGCCACAGCCUGCUCCAGGUACUCCUUCUCAGUGGGGAGACAUCAGGCACCUCAGCCCCUGCCCCAUCUCCAAGGUGACUGAUGCCACAGGGCUCCGAGAUUCCGCCUUGGGCCCAGCUGGGGCCUGCCAACCGGAGGGGCUGCUGAGCCCCGCUUCCCAGACGCACACGGCCCCUGAGGCCUCUCACCACAGCCUGAGGGACCUCCCGGUGCAUAACAAAUUCAGGAACUGGUGCGGGGUGCUGGGUGACUCUCCCAUGGGGCUGGGUGUUACUGAGGAGCUGGGGACCAGAUGUGAUCUGGGCUCUGGAGAGCAGGGAGAGAGGCCCCCCCCCACUCCUGAGGACCAGAGCCAGGCUCCUGAGUGGCCCCAGAGGGAGAGGAUCCCCCUGCAAGUGGGGGCCCCGAACCUCUCAGUCAGCCUUGAACUCACAGAGGCGAAGCUGCACCACGCCUUCGGGGAGGCGGAUGCCCUGCUGCGGGUGAUGCAGAGCGGGACGGGGGCAGCGCUCGCUACUGACCACCCUGUGCUUGCCACGUGGGAGGAGCUCCAUGCCCGGCAAAAGAAAGCCAUCCAGGCCCUCCAGAGAGAGCGGGCUGAGCGACUUCAGAACUUCCGCCGGACGCGAAGUCUGAGCCCCCAGAAGCAACUGAGCCUCCUGCCCAGCGUGGAUUUCCCCACGCGGGAGCUUGACUUGCCCAGCCGGCGCCGAGAUUACCUGCAGCAACUGAGGAAGGAUGUCGUGGAGACCACCAGGAGCUCAGAGGCUGCUCCGAGGCCUGCUCACCCACCCUCUGACGUCGAGCUGAUGCUGCGAGACUACCAGCGGGCCCGGGAGGAGGCCAAGGUGGAGAUCGCCCUGGCCCGGGACCGGCUGCGGGAGCGGACUCAACAGGAGAAGCUGCGAAUCCACCAGCAGAUCGUCUCCCAGCUGCUGAGGGAAGAGGAAAAACUACACCCUCUGGCCAGCUCCAACCCCCUGUGCACCCUCUCCAAUGGAAGCCUCUCGUCUGGUGCCACCUCUGGCUACAACAGCAACCCAGCCUUGUCCGGCCAGCUGCAGUCCGCAGACAGCCUGGUGGACACAGACUUGUCUGACUCCAGAGAUGCCUGGAUGGGGGAUGGGCGGGGCCACCCUGCAGUGAGGAGGAGCCGUCACCCAUGUCUGGCUGGGCCCUCCUGGAAGAGCUCAGCCUACAGCCACGGAGCCUCCCUGGGCAGUUGCUGCUGCUCCCCAUCCAGCCUGUCCAGCUCAAGGGCCUCCUUCUCCACCUCCUACCAGGACCUGGCCAAGCACAUCGUGGACAUCUCUGUGGCUGAUGUAAUGGCCGCUUGUUCAGAUAACCUGCACAACCUCUUCAUCUGCCAGGCAGCCGCUGGCUGGAACUAUCAGGGUGAGGAACAGGAGGUGCAGCUGUACUACAAGGCGUUCUCCGCUACUCGGCACGGAUUCCUGGGGGCAGGUGUGGUGUCCCAGCCGCUGCCUCAGGUGUGGGCAGCUGUGAGUGAUCCCACCCUGUGGCCCCUGUAUCACAAGCCCAUCCAGACAGCACGGCUGCACCAGCGGGUGACCAACAGCAUCAGCCUGGUGUACCUGCUGUGCAGUACCACCCUGUGUGCACUGAAGCAGCCGCGGGAUUUCUGCUGUGUCUGUGUGGAAGCCAAAGAGGGGCACCUGUCCAUCAUGGCAGCUCAGUCUGUGUAUGACACGUCCAUGCCACGACCUUGCAGAGAAGUGGUCCGAGGGGAGAUCCUGCCCAGCGCCUGGAUCCUGCAGCCCCUCACCAUGGAAGGGAAGGAGGUCACCAGGGUCAUCUACCUGGCCCAGGUGGAACUUGGUGCUCCGGGCUUUGCCCCUCGGCUCCGGGACGCCUUCAUCAAACAGCAACCCCUGGUCAUAGCCAGACUGGCCGCCUUCCUUGGUAGCUAGCGCGUCGUCAUCGA